UAAGCGUGUCAAAUUACACCAUAGCUACACACACGCCACACAUAAAUAAUACUUCCCGUAACUGUUGUUCCUUUAUAUGAAUUGGAAAUGGCAAUAAGUACGCGACAAAUAACCUUUCUUGUUGGUGUCUUUGGUACUCUUGGCUUUUUUCUUGGUGCAAACUUUGGCCACAAGUAUUUUAACUUUUGGGAUAAAGAAUCAGUAUUUUCCGUUAAUUUGUUGGACGAUAUUGCGAAGUUUGACAGACAGCACCGAAUGGACAAUGUGCAAAAAUGCUGUCGAAGCAGCGAAGAAAAGUCGGAAAUUCGCAAGGAAGAUGCUGCGGUGCUUUUCAGGAACAUAAUUGUCGAUAGGCAGAAUAAAUUUCUUUACUGUUACUCCCCAAAAGUCGCUUCGACUAAUAUAAAGCGACUUCUACUUGCAGUUCAAGGAAAAGUUAAGGGUCCCGACGCUGUUACUAAGUUCAAUCGUCGGGUCUUCGAUUUUCUGGGGGACUUCAGUUCUGAAGAGCGCAAAGAAAUGUUAAAGUCCUAUUUCAAAUUUAUGUUCGUAAGGCACCCCUUCGCGAGAUUGGUUUCGGCUUACAGACAUCGCAUUUUGACCAAUCGGACGGACCUUCAAAUGCGAUAUGGUAGAAAAAUUGUGCGAAAGUAUCGUUGGAAUCAGAAAAAUACUAUUAAAGCAGGCGAUGUAAAGUUUAGAGAGUUUGUAAGAUACCUAGUCGAUACGCCAACAGAGAGUAUGAAUUUACACUGGAAACCUAUCUUCGAAUCUUGUUUUCCGUGUAUGAUUCAAUACGAUUUUAUUGGAUCAAUGGAACAUCUUGAACGGGACGUGGCAGCACUUUUGAAGGCGUUGAAAGUUCCAAAGAAAAUAUCCCUGCCCAAAUUACAAAGUAAUUAUCAUCCUUUAACCACCGAUCAAAUGCUGCAAUAUUAUAGCAACAUCACCUACAAAGAGCUUUCGAAAAUACGCCAUAUAUACUCUUCGGAUUUUAAGUGUUUUGUGUAUAAUCGCUAUCACACUAUUCGUGGCUUACAGCAAUCCUGACUCAUUUCAUAUCACAGUGUACUGCAAGAAACUUUAAGAGAUAACGUCAGUGUCCAUGAAUGUGAAGUUAGCGCCAUGUUGCAUAUUCUAUUCCUUGUUUACAUUUCACAUGAAAUGUCCACCAUGCAAGGAGUGAAAUAAAUCAUGUUUAUGAUUAGUGUCAUGACUAAUGCUAUACACUUUUAGUUUUUAGCAGACAUAAGCAAUUGGAAAUUUAGCUCAUAGAAAUUGGAAAGGUCGUGUUUAACGGCUCAACAUACUGUAUCGCUACAUAUUUUUACAUUCGCACAUGCACAUAGUAUUUUACGUGGAUGCAUUUCUGGGAUGAAUUAUUUUUGCUUCACUGUACUGUAAGUGAAAUGCUUAUAACGACUAUAAAGACAGGUAGACUCAGGCGUAGUCUGAAGUUGAUGAUGACAACAUAAUUGAAAAUAAAAGUUAAACUACAAUGUACUGCAAAAUGCUUUCAUAAAUGAUGUCCAUUAUUUUAGGUUUUUAUGUAAUGAAAAAACAAACAAAUAA